GUCUCAUCAACUGUAACCCGCCACACCGAUCGAUGCACUUAUGGAAGAAGGAGUCGCUCACAACGUACACAAGAGCCCCACCCGCUUCCUUACUCCCUGCAUACGCGAAAGAGGGCCAUCGCCCUCUUUUGGAUCCUCUUUGUCAUUGAUACCUUGGCUCAACCUUUGGUUCUUUACUGGACGCUAUGGUAUGCUACUGAUCUCUCGCACAACCUGGUAUUCUCUAUUGUUACCGCAUGCCUAGGAGGAAUCUCUGUGUUUGAAUAUUUCUAUCGAUUCUACAAAUUGUUCCGCAAACGCGCUCGUGCACGGCCAUUGAAUGCCCAGAAAUCAUGGGUAACCUUCUUCAAAGAUGAGAAUUUCUGGGCGAUGACUAAUGGUUUCUCUCAGUUGGACUUUUUCCAGAUCAAUAUCACAAUAGUGUGGCUGAUUUUGGCUGUCGAACUUAUUGAGCCACAUGUGCGUCUUGUGGCAAUGGUUCUCCCUACAGUGAUGUUUUACUUUGGUGCAGUCCACUUAACUCUCGACAUCCUCCGCAUCUGUGGCCUCAAGGCUCCAUUUCGAAUCUCUUCCACUCCCAAAGGCUCCGCUAUACCGGCCGCACUAUAUGUGCUCAUCGAAGAUGUGGUGACGGUGGACGGAGGAGGCGGCCAGAAGUACCGAUAUGCGCUUCGGACCAGAUACCUGUCGAGUCCCUAUUUUAGACGCAUGCUCCUCGAAUUGAACUUUUUUUGGAGUGGAGGAUCCAUACUAUUUGCGGCUGCCAUUACUACCGUCAUUUUCACCGUUUCGGAACCUGUUGCUUAUACACUGGGCUGGUCCCUUCCGUUUUUAUGGGUCAGUAUUUGGACUUUGAUCACAAUUCCUUGGGUUCAAAGUGACCUCCUCCGUGAGAAACAGACCUGGGAAGAAAACCGUGGGCUGGGUGGCAUUCGGUUCACUGAUGAUAUCACUGCGCCAGCUGCUCGAACCAGUUUCGAAUUAAAAAGAAUGUUGACCCCAUAUUCAACCUCGUAG